UCUCAAUUAAGGAAACCCAGUUUUUUUUUUCCCUCCUCAUUUGCUUGAUUUGUUUAUGCUUUUAGUACACCAUGUUUCAUUGGAUUCCCACAAUUCAGCCAACCAAUCUCUUUAUUCGAUUCUAUCUCUCACUAAAUCAUUAAACAUUGCACACAUUUUCUUAUGGAAGCUACAAAAAGUUCAACAUUUCUUGUCCUUUUACCAACAGUAUCAGACCAGCAGUAAAAAGAUGAGGCACCUUUUGGAGUUGUGAAGAAAUCUUUCUCCAUUCCCUUUUGAUAAUGUUUGCUUUUGUCACGAUUGAGGGAUUGCCCAUAUGCUUGUAACAGGACAUGGUGUUGAACCUCUGGGUGUUUUGUGGUAGAUCUGUGAUAAUUCAAGGAGAAUUUUAGAGAACCAAUGGGUGAAUCAAUUGUUGAAGCUCCAAAGAUGAGAGAUUCAUCACUUGCCUCUAGUACUACAUUGGAAGUAUCAGUUUCGUUUGGUAGGUUUGAGAAUGAUUCACUUUCGUGGGAGAAAUGGUCAACUUUUUCCCCAAAUAAGUACUUAGAAGAAGUUGAGAAGUGCUCGACUCCCGGAUCGGUAGCUCAGAAGAAGGCUUACUUUGAAGCCCAUUACAAGAAAAUUGCUGCCCGAAAGGCGGCUGAACAACUGGAGCAGGAGAGGCAAAUGGAAACAAACGCUGGCCAAAAUGGUGAAGAAAAUGUUGGAAACACUUCUUUGACUGAUACCAAACUUGGUACAGCCAGUAAUGGUCAAGUCUCUGCCGAAGCUGAACUAGUUGAUCAGAUUGGAGUCUCGAGUAGAAGCCGAUCUGAUGAGUCCAAUGAGAAUGCAUCAAUAUCCAUAGAGCGUCAAAGCCUGCCAGUUGAUGGAAUUAAGGAAGAUGAGAUGGAUAGCAUAAUGGAAAAGCUUGAACUGAAUAAAUCAGAAGAAGCUGUUUUGGUUCAAGAGGAAACUCUAUCCAUCAUGGAAAAGCUUGAACUGAAUAAAUCAGAAGAAGCUGUUUUGGUUCAAGAGGAAACUCUAUCCAUCAUGGAAAAGCUUGAACUGAAUAGAUCAGAAGAAGCCGUUUUGGUUCAAGAGGAAACUCGUCUAAAUGGAUUUGAGGGGAAAGGGGAAUUGCCACCUGUUUUGAUUCAAGAGAAUCCCUGUGUAAGUGAAUUUCAAGACAAGGUGGAGGUUGAAUCGCCAGUCCAACCACCAAGUAGCUUUGAGAAGGGGAGGGGAAACACUAUGGAAAACAAAAAUGAGAAAAUCAGAUUGGAUUCGGCAAACAAAAUUCAAAGGGUUAAGAUUACUCCCUCGAAAAAGGAGAACGAUAAACUGGAUGCAUCAAACAAAUAUCAAAAGAUGAUUCUGUCCAAAAAGGAGAAGAGUUUUCCAGGAACAAAGAAGAAACAAGCAUCACCUUUGCCCAAAAAAUCUCCAGAAAUAUCCACCCCCAAAACAUCAAAACCAACACCAACCUCUACUGGGCUUAAUGCCUCUUGGUCAUCUUCAAAGAAUGCAUACAGUUCAUCAUCACCAAGGAGCAAAUUUCUUAAUGCAGGAGAAAGCAAGAAAGUCGCUCCAUCGAUGCACAUGUCCCUUAACCUUGGUACUGCAAAUUCUGAUUCAACUUCAAUUACCACACCCAGGAAGUCGCUGUUUAUGGAGAAAAUGGGGGAUAAAGACAUUGUUAAGCGAGCAUUUAAGACAUUUCAAAACAGUUUCACCCAAGUAAGAGCUUCUGGUGAUGAUAAAUCUUCUAGAAGAAAGGAGGUAUCGACUACAAUGCCAGAACAUAAGCUGUCCACUUCUUUGACUCCUCAGAAGGAAAAAGAGGGAUUAAGGAAGACUGCAGAGAAUAUGGAUGCUCAUAGAGCUCAACUGGGAAGAAGCUGGAACACUAUCUCAGCCGGGUCACUAAAAGGAGCUGGUAUGGAUCACAGGAGUGCAAAGCCUGCCCCAUCUUUCAGCAUGAGAAGUAGUGAGAGAUCUGAAAAAAGAAAAGAGAAACUGGAGGGAAAAUCAUAUUCCAAAGAGGCAGAAAAAACACGCCCUAGUUCAAAGUCAAAGUUGACUCACGAGGAAAAGGAGGCUGAGAUGAAGAAGCUAAGACAGAGCCUCAAUUUCAAAGCCACUCCUAUGCCAAGUUUCUAUCGAGGGCACACGAUAUCGAAAAACUCUUUAGAUAAGGAGCGUGCCAAGGAUAAGCACCAGCUGCACCACCAUCGACCAGAAACACAGAGGUAAAAGAAUUUGGUGCGAUUACGCAGAGAUCGAAUGAAUUCAUGAAUUUUUUUGGCUGAAGAUAAGAAAUGCGGGAAGCAGAAUAAGCUCUGAAGAAGAAAUACACUAGUGGAUAAGGCAAUACACUAGCAAAGAAGAGAUUGUUUUAGUAAGGAGGAGCAUAUCGCCAUCGUACUAAUGCUUGGCCUAAGGUACCCUUGUUGAGUAACAUGGAGAAAUUCUCGUCUGGUUGUUUUUCCCUCUCAAAGAUGUGAAGAUGAUAUAGAAGAGGUGGAGGCUCAUGGCUUUCGUUUACAUUGACUAGCUCUUCUCCCUCUUGAUCUUCCCCCCUAAUUCCUAUUAUUUGUAUUGUAGAGGUAGUGUGAAAAUCAAUAUGUAUAUGCAUUUAGUUGUUUUAACUAUAUGUAGAAGAAGAUGAAGUUCUGUAAUCUACAUUUUGUAUAAUGCAAUAUGCAUAUUCCUCGUUCUA